CAUGACAAGCCUCAGGAAAAGUUGCUCAAUGUUAAUGUUUGACAAGUAGGAAGAAGGGCCUUGGCUGCCGUAUCUCUCAGUGUUAGACAACACAACCGCACUCUUUCAGUUCUCCUUCUGCUCGAGAGUUUGUUUGCUGCUUUGUGAAGGAAUUACAUAUUCAAAUCGGAGGGAGAAAGACAGAAAGACACCAUGGAGGUGCUGGUGCUGAUGGACUUCGAGGGCACCAUGGGAGACGAGAUCACAGUGAGGAUGGGGGAUGUGGUCAAAAACGUCACCAAGGCCAGCGAGGAGGGAUGGCUGGAGGGGGAGCUGAGAGGAAAGAGAGGCAUCUUCCCUGCUAACUUUACCAAGGAGGUGCCAGUCUAUUUGAUAGGUGACAGCAAGAGGGAACCACGAAGCCUUAGAAAAACCAAGAGGAUGAAACAGACGAGGAAAUGCGAGGUAGCGUUCGCCUACAACCCCUUGAAUGAAGAUGAGCUGCAGCUGGUUAUUGGGGAGACGAUAGAGAUCAUCAGAGAGAUUGAAGAUGGAUGGUGGAUGGGGGUGAGAAAUGGCAAAGUGGGAGCUUUUCCGUCAAAUUUUGUCAAAGAAAUUUUUGUUGCCCCUAAAGACAGCAAGUACAAUGAGGGCAAGGCAAGACCCAAGCUCGCUGACGCUGUGUUCACCAAGGAGAUAUCUCAAAGGACGAGUGUGAGGAACAAAGCAAAAAACGUGGUGGAGUGUUGCCAAGUCAUGUUUGACUACAAGGCCAAAACGGAGGACGAGUUGGAUCUGAAAAAAGGAGACCUUGUUAUGAUACUGAGCAAGGAAACAGAAGAUGAAGGCUGGUGGGAGGGAGAGCUAAACGGACGCUGUGGCUGCUUUCCUGAUAACUUUGUCAUGGUGAUACCACCAAUGGACGGUCUGCAAUCUGGGACCACGAGCCAACCGCCUGCACGCAACAUCAACACGAAUCUCCCAGUGACGACAGAGGCCUCAGCGAUGGACAAAAGUGGUCCAGCAAAGACAAAAGAUGAUAAACCAGAGGUUAAGGAUCUGAGAAGCAAUCCUCCAACCAAAAUCAAGCUGCCGCCCAUCAUUAGGCCCAGCCCGCCUCCAGUCAAAGACAAACCCAGCAAGGUUUUACCCAACAGAACCAAUGGUGACGUGGCUCCUGCCCCACCAAAACAAACAGAGGAGAAAGAGGCCGACCAGUUCGAUGGAGUGGACGUGCAGACUGACAAGCUGUGCCAUCCUACAGCGAACAGAGCCAAACCCCCACAGAGGAGACCACCAUCAGGCCUUGUUAUAGCAGCACAAGCCCAGGGUGCCACAGACCAGACAGAACCUGAAUUAUCACCAAAAAAGGUCCAGACAGAGAAAUUACCUGGCUUGCAAAAGGGUACAGAAAAUCUCCUGCCAUCGCCUGCAAGGCCUGAUCUUAGACCCAAGACGCCGCCUCCGGUUCGACCAACACCACCCAAAGUACUUGUGGAUGGCAGAACUGCAACCCACAAAGAAGUAACAACUUUGGAAAGCCUGCAGGCCGAAAUCAAAGAGCUGAGGAUGGCUCUGGAUCUGCUACAGACACGGCACGAUCGAGACAUGCAGGAAGUGAAAGAAGAACUGAGGGAGGAGAGAAACAAACGAGUGGUACUACAGGAGGAAGUACACAGUUUGAGGAAGAAGAAUUAAUCCCAACCCAGACUGUGACUGGGCUGUCUGUCUGUCUGACACUGUGCCAUGCAGGCUCGCGUACUGCAAAUUGAAACAAGAUGAACAUUUUCUCUGACAUCGAAUGAGGAUGGAGAAGACAAGCGAGCUCUCCAACUGCAGACACGAGCAGUGGCUAAAUUAGAAAGUUAAAGGAUCAAGCUAAUCCUGCACUGGACUGGACAAACUUAAUCCUUGAAAAAGACUUUUAAAUGACAUACUGUUAAAAGUUUUUACAUAUUUGAAUGCUGGAAAUUACAAAUGUCGGUUCUAAGUGGGUUACUCUUGGCUGGAAAUUCAUGUUUUACACUGUUCUCUUUCACCUUUAUUACUUUUACUAUUGGUUUUACUGUACUUUUAACAUUUACACAUUAAUGCCUCAGCAGAUGUGAUAAUAUAUGCAGCUGUACAUAGGAGGAAAUAUUGUGAUGUCUUUUGCAAAGACCUGGCUGAAAUUAUAAUAUCAAGUCAUCCAAAGGGUUUCGUUACUUGAAUGUUAAUACCUGACUGUCAAAAACAUGGGUUGCCAUGCAGGUGAUUUUUCUAUAGCAGAAUGUAAUGCUGCAUUAAUCCACUGGGGGGCACUGUAUGACUAUUCUACAUAAAGAGAAGUGUUCAACUUUUCAGGGAACGCAGGAUUGGUGGAAGUGACCAGGCUAUCGUGACCUGCACAUUAGAACACAAAAAAACAUAUUGCAUUCAAAAGAAUAAAUGUGUUAAGAUUUAACAAA